GGAAUAUUGUGAAACAAAGAAAAGUAAAAUGGCAAUGUCACCAUCAAUUUCAAUAGCCUUUGGUGCUCUUCCAUACGCUUAAGCACAAUUUUGAUAUCUGACUGACUGACGCUUUCCCAUUAUCUAAUUCUCUUUCCGUUCCUUCACUAACCCAAUUCUUAUUUCUUAUACAUAGCCAUACCUAUUUAUGGAUUCUACUCUUUUCCAAUUAGUCUCUCUCUCUGUUCUUAUGCCUCUGAACUAUCUGGGUUUCUGUUUCUGCAUAAAAAGACAAGCCCAGAUCAUCAUAGUGCCCUCAUUUGGCUUCUUGCUGUUGAAGAACCAAUUCAAGUUCAGUUCUGUUAGGUCAUGAGUUGCUGAAUUUCAAGUUUUCAUGGUUCAGAACGGUAUAGAGGUUUAAGGUACAAGAAGAUACGUGUAUAACGGAGUAGACCAUUGGAAUUGUAUGCUGCAAUGGUUUGUAGUUGCUUUGGUGUGCUCAAUUGUUGCAAGAAAGACAAGAAUUUGGAACCUUCCAGCCAAAGCCAAGGGAUUCCCACCAACAAUGUAAGGCUCUUUUCAUAUAAUUCAUUGAGGUCAGCAACUAGGAAUUUUCAUCCUUCAAACAAGAUAGGUGGAGGAGGCUAUGGAGUUGUCUAUAAGGGAAUUUUAAGAGACAACACACAGGUUGCGAUCAAGUGUCUUUCUUCAGACUCUAAACAAGGAGCCAAUGAAUUUUUGACAGAGAUCAACACGAUAUCAAGAAUACAACACCCAAACCUUGUUGAGCUUGUUGGCUGCUGCGUGGAGGACAAUAACCGAAUAUUGGUUUAUGAAUAUCUGGAGAACAACAGUCUUGCAAGUUCUUUGCUUGGUUCAAGAAGUCGUGUUUCACUAGAUUGGCCCCAGAGAGUAGUGAUUUGCUUGGGUACAGCUACUGGUCUUGCAUUUCUUCAUGAUGAAGCCGAACAGCAUAUUGUGCACAGAGACAUCAAGGCUAGCAAUAUACUUCUCGAUACAAAUUUUUGUCCUAAAAUUGGAGAUUUUGGGCUGGCGAAACUUUUUCCUGAUAAUGUCACUCAUUUGAGUACUAGAGUGGCAGGAACUGUUGGAUAUCUAGCCCCAGAAUAUGCACUUUUUGGACAGCUUACAAAGAAAGCAGAUGUGUACAGCUUUGGGGUUCUUUUGCUUGAAAUAAUCAGUGGCAGAAGUAGUAGUAAGGCAGCCUUUGGUGACCAAUAUCUGCUUUUGCUAGAAUGGACAUGGAAACUAAGAGAAGAACAAAGGCUUAUAGAAAUUGUUGAUCCAGAAUUGACAGCCUAUCCAGAGGCUGAGGUUAUGCGCUUCAUUAAGGUUGCACUCUUUUGUACUCAAGAAGCGUCGCAACAAAGACCGGGCAUGAAGCAAGUAGUCAAAAUGCUUUCCAAAGAGGUACAGCUGAAUGAGAAGCUACUAGUAGAGCCAAGGCCAAGGCGGUAUGCACCUCAACAUGGACGUGGUGCUAGUUGGGAUGGAGAAUCCUCUUCUCACUCAGAUAAACAAAGGAAAACAGCCACAAAUGCUGAUGUAACUUCCAUGCCCUCGUAUAUAAAUGAAUCUCAAACCCAAAUGUUUCCCAGAUGAUCAUUGUUUGGCUGUCCAUAGUGUGUAGAGUGUUGGAAGCUUGCAAAACUCUGCAGGUUCUUGCAUCUUUGUUUCCUUUGCUGAGUAGGAAGUGAGUCAAAGAUGUCUGUAUGCAACUGUUAUAGAUUUAUUUAUCUGAAUUGGAGAGAGUCGUCAUUGAUCAACCUAUUCUAAUUUUGACCGAUUGCUUACUUGUGAA